CUGGCGGCGGCGACGAUGAGGAUGGCGGCGCUGGCGAGCGCGGCCGAGCGAGCUGUCCUGGUCAGUAAGGGCUUAUGAGAUCUGGGGAAAGGGAAAGAAGACGUACUAUGCUGUCAUCCAGUGCCUACAGCUGCUUCUGAGCUGACCAGGAUGUGAAUGGAAGAAGAGUUCAAGUGGCUUUUACAAGAGGAAGUUCACGCUGUCCUUCGGCAGCUACAAGAUAUUUUGAAGGAAGCUUCUCACAGGUUUGCUUUGCCUGUGAGUGGCUCAGAGGGACCCAUCAAACAGGAGAACUUUAUCCUAGGCACUGCAAAUGCUGACCAGGUGAAGGGAGUCUUGAUGCUUCAGGGGGACACCCUAUGCCAAGCUGAUAUUAACUUGAAAAUGCCCAGGAAUAACCAGCUUCUGCAUUUUGCAUUCCGAGAUGACAAGCAGUGGAAAUUGCAGCAGAUCCAGGAUGCAAGGAAUCAUGUUAACCAGGCAAUUUACCUGCUAACUAACAGAGGCACCAAUUACCAGUUCAAGACCGGAUGUGAGGUUCUCAAGCUGAUGGAUGCAGUGAUGUUGCAGUUAACAAGAGCUCGGAAUCGGCUCACCACUCCAGCUACUUUGACCCUACCAGAAAUCGCCUCCAGCAGCCUCACGAAAAUGUUCACUCCAGCCCUGCCUUCAGACACCUUGAUGAACUUCUACAUCAACCUAAAUAAACUUUGCUUGACUGUUUAUCAGCUGCACUCACUGCAGCCCAGUUCCACAAAGAACUUCCGACCAGCUGGUGGGUCCAUCUUGCACAACCCAGGGGCUAUGUUUGAAUAUGGCAACCAAAGAUAUGAAGUCAGCCACGUCCAUAAAGUGGAGUGUGUUGUGCCCUGGUUGAAUGAUGCCCUGGUUUUCUUCACAGUGUCCCUGCAGCUCUGCCAGCAGCUAAAAGACAAGAUUGCUGUGUUUUCUGGCUACUGGAACUACAGGCUGUACUGAUCACAUCUCCAAGGGCAGCCCCCUUUUGAAGUUUCAGCCCCUCCCUUCCGCGGAGGACGCCCUGGCAUAAGCUUUGUAUAGGAAGAGUUGUCAGAUUCCAACUCUCCAUGGUGGCUUGCUGGGCAGGACCCCAUGCCCAGCAUUGGCAUCUUUGUGGGUAGAGUGUCACUAUUUAAUUAGCACUUUAGAAUCGCACCCAUUUCUUUCCACACAUCUCAAGGCUGGGGACAAAGAUAAGCCAAUAAACGCUUGUCAGAUCCCACUCCUCUAGAGGAAAGGUGCGAUGUGGAGCAAUACAGGAAGGAGCCCAGAAGGGGUGUGAUCAUCCAGAAGGCUGGGUGGUGAAGUGCUCGCAAGGGCCAUUCUCUGUAAUUGAUUUCAGGUUUGCUCUUCCUUGCAGGCCUGUCCCCUUCCACAAACGUGUGUCUUCAUCUCUCCCAUGCUCCCUCCAUGACUUGGCGCUAGAGGUGCAAGGCCUCGUUUCUUUCCACGGUAGCCCAAAGCCUGCUUUUAGCAAGCUGGGCUUCUACCUUUGGUCUGGUCUUCCACUAAGCUGUCUUUUAUCUGUCCCACCACCAUGACACGCCAAUUAUAACCCUUACCCGGACCAACAUUGCACAGGUGGUGGGGUGGUUUGUUUGCUGCUAAACCUUGUGUGUCAUUCCUGGAACUAAUUGAUUGCUGUGAAAUAAAGGUCCCUGAACACUU